GGGUGAAUGGAGUGGAGGCGAUCCCUCGGCUCCAGCUCUGCCCCUUCCCUGUCCUCGGCACCAGGCUGCCAGCCGCGCCACUCGCGCUGCCCCCGGGAGGGGACCCAGGCGUCCGGAUCCCUCCCUGCCCGGCCUCCACGUCGCCGAGCCGCGAUGGCCAAGCGCAGCUCGUUGUCCAUCCGCAUCGUAGAAGGGAAAAAUUUGCCUGCCAAGGACAUCACGGGCAGCAGCGACCCCUACUGCAUCGUGAAGGUGGACAAUGAACCCAUCAUCAGGACAGCCACUGUGUGGAAGACCCUGUGCCCCUUCUGGGGUGAGGAGUAUCAAGUGCAUUUGCCUCCCACGUUCCACGCGGUAGCCUUCUAUGUCAUGGAUGAGGAUGCUCUCAGCCGGGACGAUGUUAUUGGAAAGGUGUGCCUCACGAGGGACACGCUAGCCUCUCACCCAAAAGGAUUCAGUGGCUGGACCCACCUGGUGGAGGUGGACCCCAAUGAGGAGGUGCAGGGCGAGAUCCACCUGCGUCUGGAGGUGGUGCCGGGGACCUGUGCCAGCCGGUUACGCUGCUCAGUGCUUGAGGCCAGGGACCUAGCCCCAAAGGACCGGAAUGGCGCAUCUGACCCUUUUGUCCGAGUGCACUACAAUGGCCGGACCCAGGAGACCUCGGUGGUGAAGAAAUCCUGCUACCCACGCUGGAACGAGACAUUUGAAUUUGAGCUGGAGAAGGGAGCCGCAGAAGCACUGUCCGUGGAGGCCUGGGACUGGGAUCUUGUUAGCCGGAAUGACUUUCUAGGCAAAGUAAGUACCAGCCCCACCUCCACCUUACAGGCUAUACCCCCACCUGCCCAGGCCACACCCCCCACCUGCCAGGCUACACCCCCACCUGUCCAGGCUACACCCCCACCUGUCCAGGCUACACCCCCACCUGUCCAGGCCACACCCCCACCUACUCUUGACUCGUCAGUGCCCAGCAGAAGAGUGUUUUUCCGCUGCAGCCCUGACCAGUCUAAAAGUCGCCUGAGUGCGACUUGUUGGAUUGGUGUGGCUUGCCGGGUGUUAGUGAGAACACCUGCCGCUGCCAAAGUCCAAGUGGGCAUACAGCCUGUCUUCAAUGCAUAUCUGUCUCGGGAGGUGCAGGAGUGUAAGUCUUGUUCGUCUGCUAUGUGA